UUCUGUUGUUGUUUUUCUUGUCCGUCCUUUGUCCUCAGAAGUGAGUCACAUGGAGGAAGAGCAGGCUCCUGCUGCUCUGCUGUUGGACGGAGAAGAUGAAAACGUGAUGACAGUGAGAGGAGAGAAAGAAAAGUCUUUCCAGGAGACGGUCGUAACGAAGGUGAUGACCAUGGUCACAGGGAAGAGGGAGGAGGAGGAGGAGGCUGAAACUGACAGAAUAUCAGAGGAAGAGGAGGAGGAAAAUGAAGCAGAGGAGGAGGAAGGAGAGGAAGAGGAGGAGGAGGAGAGUAAAGGAGAAAAGCUUCUGGGGCCUUGGGAGUCUGAGGCCUGUGAUGUGAAGCCUCCGCUGCCGGACCCAGCUUUCAACAGAAGGUGCAGUUUCCUCUCCAGUGACGUGAAGUAUAAAGAAGACUUUGAGAAGAUGAAGGGUCAGAGUCUGUUUGUUCCUGAGGCUGAACUCAUCCACUCCAAGAACAUCAGUGCUGUGAUAUCUGAGUCGAAGUACAAGGAGGACGGGAAGAAGGAGGCGUCGGUGUCUCUGUACUCCGUCCUGCCGGAGACGCCGGAGACACAACACGCCAGAGAGGCGUCCGAGCUGCAGAGUGAGAUUAAAUACAAAGGCAACGUGAAGAUAGAGAACUCCUCGUCUCUCUUUUCUCUUCUGCCUGAAACCACAGAGACUCAGUUUGUCAAGGAGCUGACGGAGAUGCUGAGCGAGAACAAGUACAAGGAGGAAGGAAAGAAGGAGAUGAGCAGCAGUUUGUACUCUCAGCUCCCUGAAACCGCCGAGAUGCAGCUGGCCAAGACCGUGCACGAGUUUCAGAGCGAGAAAAAAUACAAAGAAGACGGAAAGAGAAAAGCCUCCAUCUCUCUCUACUCUCAGCUUCCUGACACUCCGGAGAUUCAGCACGCACUGGAGGUGUCGCAGCUGCAGAGCGAGGUGAACUACCGCCCCAAGCUGCUGGUUAGAGGAGCUCCCUCGUCUCUUUACUCUCAGCUCCCCGACACCCCAGAGAUCCAGUUUGCCAGAGAGAUGACUGAGAUGCAGAGUGAGAGUAAAUACAAGGAGGGCGGCAGGAGGAGGCUCUCUCAGACUUUCUACUCUCAGCUCCCAGAGACGACCGAGACUCAGUUUGCUAAAGCUGUGGCGGAGCUGCAGAGCGAGAUGCGAUACAAAGACGCAGGGAAGAAGGACGUGAACUCGUGUUUGUACUCUCUCCUCCCGGAGACGUUGGAGACAGCUCACGCCAAAGAAGUGUCCGAGCUCCUCAGUCAGGUGAAGUAUAAAGAGGAGGGUAAGAAGGAGAUGAGCGUGAACCUGUUCUCUCUGUUACCUGAGACCAUCGACACCCAACACGCUAAAGAGGCGUCUCAGCUGCAGAGCCAGGUGAAGUAUAAAGAAGGUCUGAAGCAGAAGAUCCAGAGCAGUUUGUAUCAUCAGCUCCCGGAGACCCCGGAGACACAGCUGGCCAAACAGCUGUCUGAGCUGCAGAGUGAGACUAAGUAUAAAGAAGCUGGAAAGAAGGAGGUGACUUCCUGCCUGUACUCUCUCCUCCCUGAGACGCUGGAGACACAACACGCCAAAGAGACGACCGAGCUGCUCAGUGAGAUUAAGUACAAGGAGAGUGGGAAGAAGGAGAUGUCCAGCUCCCUCUAUUCCACGCUGCCCGAUACUUCACAGACCAGCUUCGCCAGAGAGAUGACUGACAUGCAGAGCGAGAGUAAAUACAGAGAGGACGGGAUGAAGAGCAUGUCCCAGAGUAUCUACAGUCAGCUGCCGCAGACCACAGACAUGCAGUUUGUUAAAACUGUGUCGGAGCUGCAGAGUGAGAUGAAGUACAGAAAAGGAAAGAAGGACGUGUCCAACUCGCUGUACUCCACUCUGCCCGAGACUCUGGAGACGCUACACGCCAAAGAAGCGUCUGAGCUGCAGAGUGAGCUGAAGUACAAGGCGGCUCUGAAGAAAGGUCUGUCCUCCAGUCUGUUCCAUCACCUGCCUGAGACCUUGGAGACGGCCCACGCUAAAGAAGUCUCCGAGCUUCUCAGUGAGGUGAAGUAUAAAGAGGAGGGUAAGAAGGAGAUGAGCGUGAACCUGUUCUCUCUUCUACCUGAGACCUUCGACACCCAACACGCUAAAGAGGCGUCUCACCUCCAGAGCCAGCUGAAGUAUAAAGAAGGUCUGAAGCAGAAGACUGAGAGAAGUUUGUACCAUCACCUCCCGGAGACCCCGGAGACACAGCUGGCCAAACAGCUGUCGGAGCUGCAGAGUGAGACCAAGUACAAGGAGGCGGGUAAGAAAGAGGCAAACAGCUGCCUGUACUCGCUGCUGCCUCACACCAUGGAGACCCAGCAUGCUAAAGAAGCUGCAGAGCUGCUGAGUGAGAUCAAGUACAAGGAGAGUGGGAGGAAGGAGAUGUCCAGCUCGCUGUACUCCUCGCUGCCGGACACCUCAGAGACCAGCUUCGCCCGGGAGAUGACGGACAUGCAGAGCGAGAGUAAGUACAAGGAGGCCGGGAAGAGAAGCCUCUCUCAGAGUUUCUACUCACAGCUUCCAGAAACCGCCGACACUCUGUUUGCUAAGAGUGUGUCCGAGCAGCGCAGCGAGAUGAAGUACAGAGCAGCCGGACAGAGAAGAGGGAGCCGCUCUUUGUACUCGACUCUACCGGAGACUCUGGAUACUCAACACGCCAGAGAGGCUUCCCGGCUGCAGAGUCAGCUGAAAUACAAGCAGAGUCUAAAGAGCGACACCACGAGUCUUUACCACCUGAUGCCAGAAACCAACGAGACUCAGUUUGCCAGGGAGCAGACGGAGAUGCUCAGUGAGGUCAAGUACAAAGAAGAAAGUAAGAAGGAGCAGAGCGUCCACCUGUUCUCUCUGCUCCCCGACACAGUCGAGGCUCAGCACGCCAAAGAGCUGAGAGAUCUGCAGAGUGAGUCUAAAUACAAAGAGGCCAGUAAGAAGCAGGCGUCCACGCCUCUGUACCAUCGACUGCCAGAGACCCUGGAGACGCAGCACGCCAAGGAGGCGUCGCAGCUGCAGAGCCAGAUCUUGUAUAAAGAGGCUGUGAAGAGGGAGACGUCCUGUCCCGUGUUCCACCAGCUGCCCGAGACGCUGGAGACCCAGUUCGCCCGAGAGCUCACGGACAUGCAGAGCCAAAACAGGUACCAGGAGGACGGGAGGAGGAGCCUGAGUCAGAGCUUCUACAGUCAGCUGCCUGAAACACCUGAGACCCAGUUUGCUAAAUCUGUUUCUGAGCUGCAGAGCGAGAGGAAGUACCAUAAGUCGGGCCGGCAGGGAGCCGGCAGCUGUCUCUACUCCACGAUGGCUGAAACCCUGGACACUCAACACGCCAGGCAGGCGUCACACACGCUGAGCCAGGUCCGGUACAAAGAGGACGUGAAGAAGGAUUCCUCGUCCUCGCUGUUUUCCAACCUUCCUCAAACUCUCCAGACCGAGUUGGCCAAGGAGGUGACGGAGCUCCAGAGCCAGGUGAAAUACAAAGAGGGCUGUAAGAAGGAGGCGUCCUCCCCUCUGUACCGCCUCCUACCGGAGACGCCAGAGACGCAGUUCGCCCGGGAGAUGUCGGAGAUGCAGAGCGAGGUGCAAUACAAGAAGGACAAAGAGGAUCUGUCCAACACUCUGUUCUCACUGCUGCCCGAGACUCUGGAGACGCAGUUUGUCAAAGAGAUGAAUGAGACGCACAGCGAGGUGAAGUACAAGCAGAGCGGGAAGCAGCAGUCGGCUCUUUACUCCAAACUGCCUGAAACUCUGGAGACCAAACGAGCUAAAGAGGCGACAGAGCUGCAGAGCGAGAGAAAGUACAAAGAUGACGGGAGGAAGGAGAUGAUGACGUCUCUUUACUCACAGCUUCCUGAAACCACAGAGACGCAGUUCGCCCGGGAGAUGACGGAGCUGCAGAGCGAGAACAAGUACAAAGAAAGUGGGAAGAAGGGUCAGACGCUCAGUGUUUACUCCCAGCUGCCAGACACCAACGAAAUCCAGUUUGCCAAAACUGUUUCUGAAAUACAGAGUGAGGCCAAAUACAAAGAAGCAGGGAAGAAGGAGGUGAGCAGCUCUCUGUACUCGAAGCUGCCGGAGACUCUGGACACGCUGCACUCCAAAGAGGUGUCCCAGCUGCAGAGUCAGGUGAAGUACAAACAGGACGGUAAGAUGGAGGCCAGAGACUCCCUCUACCACCGACUGCCUGAAACCACAGAGACACAGCUGGCGAAGCAUCUGGGGGACAUUUACAGCCAGGUGAAGUACAGAGACGAGGGGAAGAAGGACGCCGGGAGGAACCUGUACUCGCUCCUCCCCGAGACGGCCGAGACGCAGUUUGCCAAACACGUGUCUGAGAUCCAGAGCGAGGUCACGUACAAGAAGGACAAAGAGGAUCUGUCCAACACUCUGUUCUCUCUGCUGCCCGACACUCUGCACACUCAGUUUGUCAAAGAGAUGAACGAGACGCACAGCGAGGUCAAAUACAAGGAAGCAGCUAAGAAAGAAGCCGGCAGCGCUCUGUUCCACCGGCUGCCGGAGACUCUGGAGAUGCUGCACGUCAAAGAGGUUACUGAGCUGCAGAGCCAGAACAAGUACAAGGAGAGUGGGAGGAGCUUGAUGUCGUCCAGCUUGUACGCUCAGCUGCCGCAGACGACCGAGACGCAGCUCGCCGCCAAGAUGUCCGACCUGCACAGCGAGUGUCUCUGUGUCUCAGCGUCUCUGCGUCUCUGCGUCUCUGCGUCUCAGUGUCUCAGUCGUCUCUGCGUCUCUGCGUCUCUGCGUCUCAGCGUCUCAGCGUCUCAGCGUCUCAGUAGUAAAUACAGAGAGGACGGGAUCAGGGGCCUGUCUCAGAGCUUCUACUCUCAGCUGCCAGAGACGUCCGAGACGCAGCUCGCCAGAAGCGUCUCUGAGCUGCAGAGCGAGACCAAGUACAAGGAGGCGAGCAGGAAGGAGGCGAGCAGCUGUCUGUACCAUCAGCUCCCUGAAACUCUGGAGACGCAGCAUGCGAAGGAGACGUCCGAGCUGCAGAGUCAGGUGAAGUACACAGAAGGGAAGAAAGAGCUGAGCACCAACCUGUACUCUCUGCUGCCGGAGACCGGGGAGAUGAAGUUAGCUAGAGCCGCCAUGGACCUGCAGAGCGAGAGUAAAUACAAGCAGAGAGGUCGACAGGAGGUCAGCACCACUGAGUUCCACCAGAUGACAGAAACCAACGAGAUGGAGUUUGCGAAGCAGAUGUCUGAACUUCAGAGUGAGACAAAGUACAAGAAGGACAAAGAGGAUCUGCCCAACGCUCUGUUCUCUCUGCUGCCGGACACGCUGCACACUCAGUUUGUCAGAGAGAUGAACGAGACACACAGCGAGAGUAAAUACAAGGAGGCCGGUAAGAAGGAGCUGGGGAACAGUUUGUAUUCUCUGCUGCCGGAGACCAAAGACACUCGACAUGCCAAGGAGCAGACGCAGCUGCACAGUGAGAAGGCGUACCGGCAGGAGGGGAAGAAGGACGCCGGCUGCAGUCUGUACGCACAGAUGCCCCAGACCAUCGAGACCGUGUUCGCCAAAGAGCUGAGCAGGACGCAGAGCGAUAAGUCUUACAAGGAGAAGUACAACCGUGAGAAGGGGAAGUCCAGCUACACCAACAUGAAGACGCUGCCCGAGGUGGAGCACGCCAUGGAGGUCAACAAGAACCAGAGCAACGUCAGCUACAGAAAAGACAGAGAGGAGCUUCAUCACUACAACUCAGCAGCAGACAGACCGGACAUCAUCAGCGCCACCAACGCUUCCAAACUGGCCAGCAAUGUGGCCUAUAAGAGUAACACAAAGCAGCUGGUUUACAGCGACGUCUCUCUUUUGGCCAGAACAGACAUCCAGCACGCCAAGGAGGUUUCAAAACUGGCCAGUCAGGUGAAGUAUAAGGAGAACUUCCACAGACACUUAAAGGACCAGAAGCCUCGUUACAACCCACUGGAGUGUGUGUCCUUCAAACACACACAAGCUGCCUCUGCCCUGGCCAGUCAGGUGAAGUAUAAAACCAACCAGAACCAGAAGCCUGAGGGAUCCUCGGACCUGCCCAACCUGCUGCAGCUGGAGCACGUCCUGCACGCCAGCAAGCUGCAGAGCAACGUCAGCAGCUGCAGUCCACACACGAGACAACCUGUAUCUGCACCUCAGACCGAUAACGUUCCUACUGUGUGUGUGUGUGUCUGUGUGUGUCUGUGUGUGUGUGUGCAGGUGGAGUAUAAGAAGGAUUACGAGCAAUCCAAGGCCCAGUACCAUGUUGCUGUGGACACAGCUGAGCAGCUCCACCACAGGGAGAACGCAGUACUGCACAGUCAGGUGAGGUACAGAGAGGAGUAUGAGAAGAGCAAAGGUCGAUCUCAGAUGGAGUUUGGAGACACUCAGACGUACAAGGUGUCUAAAGAAGCUCAGAAGAUGCAGAGCGAGAGGGAGUAUCGGAGGGACUAUGAGGAGCAGGUGAAGGGGAAAGCGUUGAUGGACGUUGACCAAACACCUGGAUACCUGACAGCUUGUCAUGCCAGCAGUCUGCUGAGCGAGAAGGAGUACAGGAAAGACUUCGAACAGGAAGUGAAGGGGCGUGGCUUAUCUGGCCUCGGCCUGGAGGAGACACCAGAGCUGCUGAGGGCUCGAAACGCCACUCAGAUACUGAACCAGGGUUUUACAAGCAGACAGAGGCAGCUCCAUGAAACCUCCUACGGGACAGUGACCGACACUCCUGAGCUGCUGCACGCCUCCUACCUCAAAGACGUCUACAGUCAGGUCAAGUACAAGCAGAGUGCGGUGAAGGCCACGAGUGUGAGAGUGACACCAGAGCUGGAGAGAGUCCGACAGAACCAGGAGAACUUCAAGCUCGUGUUCCAUCAGGCCAAGUACCACGAGGACUUUGAGCGAGCGCGCGGCCGAGGCUGCGCUCCGGGAUUGGACGAGCCCAGCAUGGAGCGCUACCAGAGAGCCAAUCAGAUGAUGGGAGAGGCAGGUUACGGCAAAGGGAUCCGCCCCCAGGUGAUGGAGAUGGACAGACGACCAGGAGGCAUCAUCGUAGCGCCCGUCCUUCCAGGAGCGUACCAUCAGGGCGUCCAGAUGCAGCAGCAGCAGCAGUAUCACGGCUACAUGCAUCAAACCAGCAUGUCCUCUGUCAGAUCCGUCACCUCCCCCCCGCACUCAGCCACCAUGCGUGUUUACCGGGCGCUGUACGACUACGCGGCUCAGGACCACGACGAGGUCUCGUUCAGGGACGGGGACGUCAUCGUCAACGCUCAGCCAAUCGACGAGGGCUGGAUGUACGGCACCGUGCAGAGAACCGGCCAGUCCGGCAUGCUGCCCGCCAACUACGUGGAGUGUUGCAACUGAAGGAGGGAGGAGGUGUGGAGAGAGAGAGAGGGGGAGAGUGGGAGAGAGAGGGAGAGAGGGAGGUGGGGGUGAGGCUGGGGUGGAAAUUUAAAUGAAAAAGAAAAAUCCACCUUCAUUGGUUAAAACAAAUCAGAAGUCGCUCUUUUGGGUUUUUUCUUCUUCCAGAUGUUUUCAGCUGCAGACGUCUGACUUCACAGAUCUGAAACGUUAUCAAUGUCAAGUCCCAGUCACAAACUGGUUUUCUAGAGUCCUGAUCACUUGUUGCUGUAAAUCCCAUCAUUUAAAGUGGUGGCAAACACGGACCUCACUCCAGAACAACAGCUGGAUUCACUGAACAUGACGGCUGCGUUCAGACAUGCACUGAACUCCGGAGGUUCUGCAGGACAUUCUCUGGAGGACAUCUGUAUGUGUGAACGCAAACGUCCCAGUGAGAUCCACAGGUCUGGAGGAGACGAUGUGAGGAAGUAGUCCCUAACAGAUGCACUGUUUCCUCCUGUGAGCGGCUGUUCCAGGAAAGAGCUGAGCCCCAUUUCUGAAAUGAGAGAAUAUUUAUUUGUGUUAUUUGUUCUUAAAGAGUUUCGAGGCUUCAGCAGCAGAGGAGUGAGAAGAGAAAAGAGUUUUUAUCUGAUGAUUGACAAAGAGAAAACUACAGGACAUCACAAGACUUAGUGUGGAAAUGAGGACGGGAAAGUGUCUCCGUCUGAUUUCUGUCUUUAAGAGACGAGUUGGAGAGUGGGGGGGCAAGGAGGAAUUAGAGAUAAUAACAGUUUAAAGAUGUCUCACGUUGAAUCAUUGAUUGAUCCUGAGUUUUAUUCAUGUUCAGGUGAGUGUAGUUUAGUUGUUGACCUCUGAUAUAAAAGUUCACAGGAUGCAGCUUGGGUUGAAAUACAGGAACUAACACACUGUGUCUUUUUGUCUCUCAGAUCAAAUACUUUGUGUUUUUAACGAUGAGUCACAGUUUUCAGGUCGUUGUCUCCUCCAGACAGAGACAGUCUCUGGAGUGUGGACAGACUGUGAGGACGUCCGGCCUCCAGGUUUCUGUACGUCUCAGAGUAUUUUGAUACACGGCUCCCGUCUACGUUCUGGACAGAAGUAUUUGACUCUUGUACUUGUAUGUGUCCAGUACAUCCAAGUGUUUUCUGGCUCUGUUGUCUUGCUGUGUGGAUUUGCAUCCCAGUCUCGUACUGAGUAAAACCUCCGUCAGCCGUGAGACGUCAUUUUAGCCGGAGAGUCUUUUGUAUAUUUGAUUAUUUCAUAAAUACUAGAUGCAGUAGAAUAUCAUUUACUGAGUAUUCACAUGUUAACUGUGUUGGUUUUUGAUGGCAUUUUAGAAAAACUUGUAUUUUCCUGCAUUAAGCUUCUUUUUCUUCUAAUGUCACCAGUGUUAAGUUUUUGAUUUAGUGUGUGUGUGAUGACCGAUUAUACUAAGUUUAUUUACAUUUUAUUUCAAAUGAUAUAUCGCUCAGUUAUGUUCUUUUCCAAACGAUUAUUGUUGUGUUACAUAUGUAAGAAAUAAAAACAGACGACUUGUCAACAGA